CAAGAAUAACUGAAGUAACGUGUUUUGAGUUUUUUUUCAAAUUAUCUGUAUGCAACUUAUAAAAAAUUAGCUUGUCUCUUUCUCUCUCUCACAAGCGUGAGCAAAAACAGGUUUUUCUUCUCUCGAAAAAAUAUCCUGUUCUGUACAUGUGACUCAAAUUAUCGUGUAUUAAACUACAUACAGAUACAAUUUGGACGAUUUCAUAAUUCCUACUUCUUCAUCAAUGACUGUAAUGAAUAGACAUAGAUAAUUUUAAAUAAUUUCUAUUUAAACAAUAACAACUGUUAAAUCAAUUUUUUUACUUAAUUUCUGUUAUCAAUUUAGAUUUCCGUAAAAAAACCUCAUAUUUGAAAAGUGAAAUAUUUUUUUGUUUUUUUGAACGAAAUUCUUUUUAAUCUGACAACAUAAAAUCUAAAAAAUUCUGAAAUGAUUUCAGUUUUUUGUACACGCAUAUCGAAACCUUUUUCUGAUUAUGAGGUCAAAAAUACGAAAAACAUUUUUUUGAGAUUUUACACGUAAUAUGGAAUCUGUUUGAUAUAGAAAAUAGAAAUUCAUAUUUUUAGAGUGUCGUAAUAGGUGUCUAGUAGUAUUAUUCUUUCUUUUCAUUUUAUUUUGUUUAUAUAGAUCGAUCAAAUGACUCAUCUUCAUCGAGAUCCUACUAUUAUCCGAUUAAAAAAUAUUAUCAUUUAUUAUAUAAAUCUCAACAGCAGCAAGAAGAUGAUAUGACUAUUAUAUACAAACAAAUUCAAAAUGAUUCAUGUCCGAAUACAAUACUAUCGAAAUGGGUUAUGAAAUAUUAUGGUGAUAAUGCAAAUAAUUAUUUUACAUUUCGUAAAACAUUUACAUAUAAUUAUGGUUUAUAUUCAAUAAUGACUUAUCUGUUUCAUCUUAAACAUUUUAAUUUACAAAUAAAUCGAGCUGUUGGCAAUAUUAAUCCAUUGUAUAUACAGUUUAAUAUUAAUACAGAAAUUAAAACACAACUAAUUGAUAAUAAAAAAAUUGAUGAAGAAAAUGAUGAUUUACCAUUUCGUUUAACACCAAAUAUUGAUUUAUUUCUUAAUCAAAUUGGUCGAAUGGGACCAUUAAAUGCCAUUAUGAUUUCAACAUUAAAAUGUUUAACACAACCAAAAUAUCAAAUUGUUCAAUUAUUAAAAUUAUUUUAUAAAGAUGAACUUAAUCAUUUGUAUGAACAGGAAAAAUCAUUGAUAUUAUCUGUGAAUGCAAAAGACAAUUAUUAUUUGAAUAAAGAAAAAUGUAUUUAUUUGGUAGAUGUGAUAACGAAACAUCUUCAGUAUAAAUUUGAUCGUUAG